AUGGCGGCGGUGGCGCUGGGGGCGGGGGCAGAGGACGAGGCGGCGGAGGAGGCGGAGACGGAGGCGGACGCGGACGCAGAAGCCGAAACCGAGCCAGUGGCGGAGGCGGACGACGAGUCGGUAACAGAGGCAGAGGCAGACGCCGAGGCCGUAGCCGAGGCACUGGCGGAGGCGGAGUCCAAAGCGGAAGCUGAGCCCGUAGUCGAGGCCGACGCCGAGGCCGAAGAGGAGGCUGAGGCAGAGUCAGAUGACGACGCCGACGCGGAAGCAGAAGCGGAGGCCGAGUCCGAAGCCGAGGCCGACGAGGAAGCAGUGGCGGAGGCAGAAGCCGAAGCCGAGUCCGAGGCAGAGGCAGAAGCAGAGGCAGAUGCGGAGGCUGAAGGAGAGGCCGAAGCAGAGGCCGAAGCAGAGUCCGAAGCCGAAGCGGAGGCGGAGGCAGAGUCCGAGGCCGAGGCCGAGGCCGAAGCUGAAGCUGAAGCAGAGGCAGAAGCAGAAGCAGAAACGGCAGCAGAGUCGGUUGCCGACGCAGACGAUGACGCCGACGCCGAGUCCGAGGCUGAAGCCGAAGCGGAGGCAGAUGCAGAGGCAGAAGCCGAGUCGGAGGCCGACGCGGACGAUGACGCCGACGCCGACGCGGAGUCUGUCACUGAAGCCGACGCCGAUGCCGAAGCCGACGACGAGUCAGACGCGGAAGACGACGCCGACGCCGACGCUGACGACGACGCCGAGUCGGUCACUGAAGGUGAUACCGAAGCCGAAGGCGACGCCGAGUCAGAUGCGGAGACGGACGGCGAGGCGGAGGCAGAGUCGGAGGCCGACGCAGAGGGAGAAGGAGACACCGAGUCAGACGCCGACGCCGACACAGAGGUGGGGGUGGCCGAAGACGCCGAGUCGGAUGACGAAGCCGACGAUGACGAAACUGCGGACGACGAAGCAACGUCGGACGAGGCAACCGCCGAUGACGAGGUCACGGUAGAGGAAGCAGAGUCCGACGAAACAGACGCCGAGGACGAAGCAGAGUCGGAGGGAGUAGCCGACGACGAGGACGAGGCAGAGUCGGAGGGAGCAGCCGACGACGACGAAACCGCAUCGGACGACACAGAAGAGGACGAAGACGCACCAACAGAAGAGGAUGAAGCCGUCGAGGACGAAGUAACAACCGAGGACGACGACGACGACGACGAGGCAGCAGAAGGCGAGGCAGUGGCUGACGACGAGGAGGAGGCGGACGUCGACGACGCCAGGGCCACUGACGACGAAGGAGCGGCGCUCGAAGUCGGGGAAACCGACGUGCUCUUAGAGGCCGAAGCCGAGGAGCUGGAGCUCGAAGAAGACGAAGAGCUCUUAGACGCGGAAGACGCGGAAGACGACGAGCUCGAAGAAGACUUGCUCGACGACGUCGAGGUAGACUUGCUCGACGGCGUCGAGGUCGACUUGCUCGACGAAGUCGAGGUCGACUUGCUUGAUGACGUCGGGGUCGACUUGGUCGACUUGGUCGACGACGUCAAGGUAACGUUCACCGACGACGAUGAGGUGGUCUUUGGUUGUCCGGGGAGGCGAGAGUUCCACUUCCCCGGGUUAAAAAUGUGGCUGAUUUUCUUGUCGAGGCCGUGGCCAUUGCCGUGGCAAUUACCGUGGCCGUGGCCGCCGCCGUGGUUUUGUGCGACAGCUGCGCUGCCAAGGACAGCGAGCACGGCGAGGAAGUGCACACGCAUGGUUUGCUGCUGGGCACGUCAGACUCCCAUUGCACCUGCCACUUGCGGGUUCUGCGAGGUCGAUACUACGUCGUAG